GAUACUGGAGAGCUACACUGUUAGCUAGAAAAGGAAGACAAGAAUAUCUGCAACUAAAGGCUGCCACACUACUCAUUCAGUCUUACUAUCGUCAGCUGAAGAGGGAGAGAGCAGCAAUCAUGAUACAAGCUAGCUAUAGAGCACACUAUUACAGUAUGCGAUACACUUGCCUAAAAGAAGCUGCAGUAUUUAUUCAAUCAAAAUGGAGAGCAAAAGUCGCAACCAGGGAAGCAGUUGAUGACUAUAAAAAAAUUUACAGAUCAGUUGUAUUCAUGCAGUCCUGUAUUAAGAGUGUCAUUGCUAAGAGAAAGUAUUUGUCAGUCAAAGCAUCAAUGGUUUUACUCCAAGCACAAGUGAGAAGAUAUCUUGGCCAGAAGAGAUACCACACUCAGAGAGAUGCUGCUAUUUGUAUCCAGCGAUACUAUCAAUCUUACCUGUUGGCUAUGGAGAGGAAGAGAGAGGCCAAGAGGAGAGAAUGGGCUGCUAGAGUCAUACAGAGAAGGUUCCUAAUCUAUUAUGGACUAUGGGAGGAGAAACGGAAAGAAGCAAGAAGACAAGCCGCAGUUUGUAUUCAAAGACACAUCAGAGGCUUCCUGGCCAUACAAUAUAUUAAAAGGAGACAAGAGGCAGCACUUAAGAUACAGUCUUAUUGGCGUGGGUAUAGAGUGAGGCAUAGCAUUAAACGUAAAGCAGUACACGAGGCUAGGAAAAGGAUAGAAAAAGCUAACAAAAGCUCAAAGAGUUCUCUCAGAGUAAGACUACCCCUUAUGUUAGAGGAGCUCCACAGAACACGCUAUCUCUCAACUGCUGCUGAUAUACUUAAAGUAUUUGAGCUGAUCACUGGUGUCUCAGAGCACUGUAGUCGAGUGAUUGUCGAAGGGAAUGCACUGACAGUUCUGUAUGAGUAUAUCAGUACCAGUAAUAGGAGCAGAGCUACUCUGGAGGUGGUCAAAGUCUGUUUACUAAUACUCUUCAAUAUAUUAAAGUGGCCAUCAACUCAAUUCUCUGUGCUUUGUGAUGAGAAGUCUUUAACUACUAUGAUUGAUUUUAUGCACAAGAUCUACGUCACACAGCCUGAUAUAAUGCUGAUCUCAUGCCAGCUUCUCCAGAAGUAUUGUCAAAUUAAUCCUCAUAGAUCAUUUCCAGAGGCUUCAUAUCGUAAACUAGUUUCGAUUCGGUCGGUGCUUCAACGCAAGUCAAAGGCUGGAGGAACAAAGCUUCACAAUCCUACAAAGAAUGAGCAACCCUUGACGUCUCUGAACUUAUUGAAUGCUAUAAUACAGUCAUCAUCAUCAUCAUCAAAAUAAACUGUUUCUUUAUUAUUUUUACUUUGUAUAAUUUUAAUGUGCUGAUCAUAAUUAGGGUAAUAGCAUUGUUUCUAAAUAAGUUUUGUCGGUUUUUAGAAAAUAAUAA